AUGCCACUGAAAAAUCUCCGCCCGAUAACCCCCGGCACUCGAAACGCGGUGCGACCCUCUUUCGAGGAGAUCACCACCAAGAAGCCGGAGAAGUCGCUGUUGGAACCGCUGCAGAAGCGCGGCGGGCGCAACAACAAAGGCCGCAUCACGGCAUACCACCGGGGCGGCGGCGCCCGGCGCAUGUACCGGCGCAUCGACUUCAAGCGACGCAAGGAUGGCGUGCCGGCGACGGUCAAGACCAUCGAGUACGACCCGAACCGGACCACGCGGAUCGCGCUGCUGCACUACGCCGACGGCGAGAAGGCGUACAUCCUGGCGCCGGUGAACCUGUCCGUCGGAGACAAGGUGCAGUCCGGGUCCGACGCUGAAAUCAGCCCCGGCAACACGCUCCCGCUGCGCAAUAUCCCCACCGGUACCGUGGUGCACAACCUUGAGUUGACGCCCGGCCGGGGUGGACAGUUGGUACGCGGGGCCGGCACCGGAGCGCAGGUGCUGUCCCGAGAGGGCGACUACGUGCUGAUCCGGCUGCCCUCGGGCGAGAUGCGCCGCAUCCUGCUGAACUGCAGGGCCAGCGUCGGUCAGCUAUCCAACCCGGACCACAAGAACGAAAGCCUGGGCAAGGCCGGCGCGAAGCGUCACCUGGGCCGCCGUCCCCACGUUCGGGGCGUCGCCAAAAAUCCGGUGGACCAUCCCCAUGGCGGCGGCGAAGGUCGCUCGCCCAUCGGGAUGCCCGGCCCCAAGUCGCCCACCGGCAAGCCCACCCUGGGUCACAAGACUCGCAACAAGAAGAAGACCUCCAGUCGGUUCAUCGUCCGCGGACGCCGCUGGCGGAGGUAG